UCGCCAUCUUCAUCAUCAUUCUCGCUCUGCAAGAGAGAAAAAAAAAAAGAUAGCGUGCGCACGCACAAACCCAGGCAAUCGCUCGCACCCCACCAAAUGUGAUCCAUUGCCGAUCUCUCGAGCAUCGCGCAGCGCCUCCGACGGAUCCCGGGUCGUUCGUCUUCGAAUCCGCCCCAGUCUCGGGUUCGAAUAAGAGGAAGAGGAAGUUGGUUGCAGAAGAAGGAAGGAAGAGGAAGUGGGUUGAAGAAGAUGCAAGAUAUUCACUCGAUCGCGGGGGGGCGGAUGUUCGGAGCCUCAGCCGCCGCUGCCGUCGGAGACCGGAGGCUGCGGCCGCACGGCGGGCAUCACCACCAACACGGCCACCACCAGAACCACCAGGCGCUGAAGUGCCCCCGCUGCGACUCGCUCAACACCAAAUUCUGCUACUACAACAACUACAACCUCUCCCAGCCCCGCCACUUUUGCAAGAGCUGCCGGAGGUACUGGACCAAGGGCGGCGUCCUCCGCAACGUCCCCGUCGGCGGCGGCUGCCGGAAGUCCAAGCGCUCCUCCAAGCCCAAGUCCUCGUCCGCACCCCCGGAGCCCCCGGCGGCGGAUGAGGAUCCCGCGAGGGAGCGGAAAUCGAGCUCCCACUCCAGCAGCGAGAGCUCCAGCCUCACCGCGACGACCACCGCCGUCGCGACGGAAGCGGUUUCGGCGCCGUCUUCGGUGUCCGACCAGUCGAGCCUGCUGAACAUCAACGACUACAAGUCGAUGAUCUCUCAGAGCAUGAACGCAGACCCUAGCGACUCCGGCUACCAGCACCCGGCCGCGGAGGUUGGGCUGUUCACCGACAUGGGAAGCUUCACGAGCCUGAUCACUUCCUCGGGCGACGGUCCGUUGCCCUACGGGUUCAGCGUCGUGAUGACCCAACAGAAUCAGGACCAGGCCCAGCAGAACCAGUGGCACCGGAUCGCCGCCGGCGCCAGCGCCGGCGCCGGCGCCGGCGACGAGAUGAAGAUGCAGGAGAUGGGCGGCGCCGGUGGGUUCAUAGACCAGAACGUGCUCUUGGAUCUGCCCACGUCCACGUCGCAGGGGAACAGACCGGGAAGCAGCGGCGGCGGAGGAGGUUUCGGGCCGCUGGAUUGGCAACCGAGCGGCGAUCAGGGCCUGUUCGAUCUCCCCAGCGCCGUCGAUCACGCUUACUGGAGUCAGAGUCACUGGAGUACGGACGGAGACCAAGACCCACCAGGCCUGUAUCUCCCCUAGAAUCUCUCUCUCCCUCUCUCAUUGCCUUAACAUCCCCCCCCAAAAAAAAAAAAAAAAGGAGGACGACGAAAAGAAAAGGCCUUU